AGUGUCCAACACCGAAAAAAGGAUGUUGGUACGCGGGCCACCCCUACCCUUUUUAAUGGGGUGGUUAGACUGACGGUAGUAGACACAUGGCUCUCGCGCUCUCGAAUCCGUUCCAUAGUUCUCUUACCGUGCUCUCGUCCUACCCGUCGCCGCCCUUCCCGCCGGUCUCCCCCCCGGCAGCGUCACCGAACGCACCCAGCGCGGCUCGAAAGCGCUUAAACGAAAGCCACCGCACUGAUGCUGCUCAGUUGAGCGCCGUGCCUGAUCGAAGAAGGUCGCGUUUUACUGGUGUUCUCUCGAUCCGACCACAACCCCCCGGAGCAGGACUGGUCCGCCCUUCAGCGCACAGUGUGCUGGCCGUGAGCGUGUGUUCCGUUGUGGCGUGUGGCUUUCGUGUGCGCGUACCGUGCGCGCUAGCGUGAGUGUACGUGCGUCGUGUGUGCGUUUGUGUUUAGUUGGUGCUGCGCCGAAUAGCAAGUGCGCGCGUUUGUGUGUGAGUGUGUGCAUUUAGAGCACACACCUAUCCUUUGUGUGUGCGUGCGUGUGUGUGUGUGUGUCGGAACCGCUCCCUCCCACCACCACCUCCAACCAGCCGUUUCGUUGUUACGUCCCCGUCUGCGGAGAUUUAUAAAGUUCAACGUGAAGAAGAGUCUUUCAACUAAAUAUCAAUAGUCAAGACGCAAAAUGCCGCCAAAAAAGAAAACCGAUUUAGAUGAUCUGAAGCAGGAGCUCGACAUCGAUUACCACAAGAUCACACCGGAGGAACUGUACCAGCGACUACAGACACAUCCGGAAAAUGGUCUGAGUCACGCAAAAGCCAAGGAGAAUUUGGAACGCGAUGGACCAAACGCCCUGACCCCACCCAAACAGACGCCCGAAUGGGUGAAGUUCUGUAAGAAUCUCUUCGGCGGUUUCGCUCUGCUCCUGUGGAUCGGUGCCAUCCUAUGUUUCAUCGCUUAUUCGAUCCAGGCCAGUACCGUCGAGGAACCGGCCGAUGAUAACCUGUAUCUCGGUAUCGUGCUGGCCGCUGUCGUGAUAGUUACCGGCAUUUUCUCAUACUACCAGGAAUCGAAAAGUUCGAAAAUUAUGGAAUCGUUCAAGAACAUGGUGCCCCAAUUCGCUACCGUUCUGCGUGAGGGUGAGAAGCUGACGCUGCGCGCCGAAGACCUGGUCAUCGGUGAUGUUGUAGAGGUCAAGUUCGGCGAUAGGAUACCGGCUGAUGUUCGCAUCAUCGAAGCUCGCAACUUCAAGGUGGACAACUCCUCGCUGACUGGUGAAUCUGAGCCUCAGUCCCGUGGACCCGAUUUUACCCAUGAAAACCCGCUGGAAACCAAGAACUUGGCCUUCUUCUCGACCAACGCUGUUGAAGGAACUGCUAAGGGUGUUGUCAUCAGCUGCGGUGAUCAUACCGUGAUGGGACGUAUUGCCGGUUUGGCCUCGGGUCUGGACACUGGUGAGACUCCGAUCGCAAAGGAAAUCCACCAUUUCAUUCAUCUGAUCACGGGUGUCGCUGUGUUCCUCGGUGUGACGUUCUUCGUCAUCGCGUUCAUCCUUGGUUAUCACUGGCUGGACGCUGUCAUCUUCCUGAUCGGUAUCAUUGUCGCCAACGUACCGGAGGGUCUGCUCGCCACCGUCACUGUGUGUCUGACGCUCACUGCCAAGCGUAUGGCUUCGAAGAACUGUCUGGUAAAGAAUCUGGAAGCCGUAGAGACGCUCGGCUCGACCUCGACCAUCUGCUCGGAUAAGACCGGUACGCUGACCCAGAACCGGAUGACUGUCGCGCAUAUGUGGUUUGACAAUCAGAUCAUUGAGGCCGAUACGACGGAGGAUCAGAGCGGUGUGCAGUACGAUCGCACUAGCCCCGGUUUCAAGGCACUGUCUCGCAUCGCUACACUGUGCAACCGUGCCGAAUUCAAGGGAGGCCAAGAUGGUGUUCCAAUCCUGAAGAAGGAAGUGAGCGGUGACGCCUCGGAAGCUGCUCUGCUGAAGUGUAUGGAACUGGCCCUCGGAGACGUGAUGAGCAUCCGCAAGCGCAACAAGAAGGUGUGCGAAAUUCCGUUCAACUCCACCAACAAGUACCAGGUGUCGAUCCACGAAACGGAAGACCCUAGCGAUCCGCGCUACCUGUUGGUCAUGAAGGGCGCCCCGGAGCGUAUUUUGGAACGCUGCUCGACCAUCUUUAUUAACGGCAAGGAGAAGCUGAUGGACGAAGAGAUGAAGGAAGCGUUCAACAAUGCCUACCUGGAACUGGGAGGUCUCGGUGAGCGUGUGCUCGGUUUCUGCGAUUUCCUGCUGCCAUCGGACAAGUACCCGGUCGGAUUCAAGUUCAACUCGGAUGACGUCAACUUCCAGGUCGAAAAUCUGCGCUUCGUUGGACUGAUGUCCAUGAUUGAUCCACCUCGUGCCGCUGUACCGGAUGCCGUUGCCAAGUGUCGUUCGGCCGGUAUCAAGGUCAUCAUGGUUACUGGUGAUCACCCGAUCACUGCCAAGGCCAUCGCCAAGUCGGUCGGUAUCAUCUCGGAAGGCAACGAAACCGUUGAGGAUAUUGCCCAGCGUUUGAACAUCCCGGUGUCGGAGGUGAACCCACGCGAGGCAAAGGCCGCCGUCGUGCACGGUUCGGAACUGCGUGAUCUGUCGUCGGACCAGCUGGAUGAGAUUCUGCGCUACCAUACGGAAAUUGUGUUCGCACGUACCUCGCCCCAGCAGAAGCUGAUCAUUGUGGAGGGUUGCCAGCGCAUGGGUGCUAUUGUCGCUGUAACGGGCGACGGUGUAAACGAUUCGCCUGCCCUGAAGAAGGCUGACAUUGGUGUUGCUAUGGGUAUUGCUGGUUCGGAUGUGUCGAAGCAGGCUGCUGACAUGAUUUUGCUCGAUGAUAACUUUGCUUCGAUUGUUACUGGUGUCGAGGAGGGCCGUCUGAUUUUCGACAACUUGAAGAAAUCGAUCGCCUACACGCUGACAUCCAACAUUCCGGAAAUCUCGCCCUUCCUGGCAUUCAUCUUGUGCGACAUUCCGCUACCGCUCGGCACCGUCACUAUUCUGUGCAUCGAUUUGGGCACGGACAUGGUGCCGGCCAUAUCGCUGGCCUACGAAGAGUCCGAGUCCGAUAUUAUGAAACGACGGCCUCGUAAUCCGUACCAAGACAAGCUGGUGAACGAGAGACUUAUCUCGAUGGCUUACGGUCAGAUCGGUAUGAUUCAGGCUGCCGCCGGUUUCUUCGUGUACUUCGUCAUUAUGGCUGAGAAUGGAUUCUUGCCGCUGAAGCUGUUUGGUCUCCGCAAGAGCUGGGACUCGAAAGCCAUUAACGAUCUCACUGACUCGUAUGGUCAGGAAUGGACCUACCGCGACCGCAAGACCCUCGAGUUCACCUGCCACACCGCGUUCUUCGUGUCGAUCGUCGUGGUCCAGUGGGCCGAUUUGAUCAUCUGUAAGACUCGCCGUAACUCGAUUUUCCACCAGGGCAUGAGAAACUGGGCCCUCAACUUUGGCCUCGUGUUCGAAACGAUACUUGCUGCCAUCCUGUCCUACACGCCGGGCAUGGACAAGGGUCUGCGCAUGUUCCCACUGAAGUUCGUUUGGUGGCUACCAGCUUUACCGUUCAGCUUGUCCAUCUUCGUGUAUGACGAAAUUCGUCGCUUCUACUUGAGACGCAAUCCAGGCGGCUGGCUAGAGCAAGAAACGUACUAUUAGGUCAACAAAUUUAUAUUUAAAAAGAUUAAUUAAAAAACAAACCAACAAAAACCAACUCCCCCCCCACAAACACACACACAUACACCUCUACACGAACACAUGCAUACUCUAUACAUAAACAGCCAUACAUAACAAAAAAAUGCUCACGGGCAAACACAUGCACCCAAACGAACACACGAACCCACACACACCCAAACAUAUACACCCACACGUACACGCACACACAGAAACACUUCGAACCACGGAGCCUGGUCGGAAGAUGAGGGAGCGCGAGAUUGUGCAACGCUACCAUAGUAUGAGCGAUAGAACGGUGCAACACACAUUAUAAUAAACCAAUAUAAGAAAUCGUGUGGAUAGUUUGCGAGCAAAACACAACAACAACAAAAAACAAAGAAACAAACAAACACAAGAAUAAAUUAAGCAUUAAUACGAACGAAUAUAGUAGUACGACGGUUAAGCAGUUUUAGCACGCCAGAAGACGGAAGCAGAUGUAGCAGUGCAAGCAGGCAGAGAAAGCUAGCUAGCUAGGGUAAGAGACCGUAGGAGCGACCGUAAGCGGAAGAACAGCAUCAUAUAGGAUCGAUAACGAUUCCGCGCACGCAACCACCGCCAUCGCCACCAACCGACCGACGCCUGCCCCAGGAACAAGUUGUGUGUUGGCCCAGAGGAAGCAAAACUCCUUUGCUGCUGCUCCUUGCGAAUCGGGAGAUCCGGGGACCCGGGGUUAGACCGAAACCCUCCCUCUCACUCUGUGUGUGUGUGUGUGUUGUUGUUUUAGUAGGCACAAAGCAGCGCGAGCGCGCGCGUCCGCGCUAGGUCCUUAUGUUGUGUUAUUGUGGUGCAGCCUGCCGUGUUGUGUUUGGCGCCCGAACCUUCCGGUUGAAAACAGUUUGGCGCCCGUGAGAAUACAUCCGGCAGUUGUUGUCCGGCGCUUAAUAAACACUGUCUCUGCUGUGGGAGAGAAAACACCACCUCACAUACGCACACGUGAAUCGAUGAUGGCAAUCGCGGGGGAAGGGGCAAUGAGAAUGGGGAAGGUCUUACAGCCAUAGUUGAGAAUCAUGCUGAUGAUGAUGACGACGUUCGGGGGGACACACGCACAUACGCAUUGCGCACGGGUUUUCCGGUUACCCGGAUGGUAAGCGCAUACUUUGUCAUAUACGGAGGAUUCGUUCCGUUUUUCGUUUCGUCCCCCUACUCUUCAUUUGACCGUAGGUUGGCCGUUCUUUUGCGUCAGGUUGAUGUUGUUUGUUGUUGUUGUCCGUUGACCGAAGUGAAAGACCGAAGUAUUUUUUUUUUCUAUUCCGGCGUGCUUGCUUUCUCAUUGCUCCCAAGCUUCCGUGCUCCAAAUGUUUCGGUGUUGAUGGCGUGUGCGCGUUUGUACGGCGUGUUGCCUGGAUUUUUAAAUGCAUCACGAGUGUAUUUGCACUUUGUUAAUAGGAAGCGGUAUGUGUGUAUGUGUGUGUGUGUGCAGUUUUUCUUCUAAAUGAUACUCCAAUUAAGGAUAUCCAUGCGCAACUGGCUGUCGAAUCGAAUCGCAAGCAGUGUAAUGAUGUUGCCGGUUCCGAUAGCUCUAGAGCUAUCAGCACACAACAAUACUGGUCUAGCUGCGUACUUUGAACCAAGAUCAAGAAAAAGCGGGCAUGCAAAUUCUGCCUAGCACCAAUGCGCCAUGUGCGACAAAGAACACACACACACCAGUAGGUGGGUUUGUUGAACGGUUUAACCAUUUUCCCCCUAGCGCUGGGGAUACUGUUUUCUACUGUUUUCUGAUCGUUUGUUUUUUUAUAUCACUAUUACUAUUAUUAUUAUUACGAUUAAUUCCCAACGCUUUUCCGCUGGCGUUGUAUAGCGCGAGAGCUAUAGUGCAAAUUGUUAGACUAUGAUAUAAGGAGCAAAUGUGUGUGGCCGUGUGCGUGUGAUGUUUGUGUGUGGGGUUUAGGAGAUGGUUUUUAAAACGAUUGUUUUUUUUUUAAAUGUUAUAGUAUGAUUUUCUUCGUUCGUAUCGUUCGCUGUUCGAUUUUUAGUAGCGUGUCGGGUACGGCUCUGAGGUGGUACGUUUUGGGGGUUUAAAGAACUACUUGCUGCCAGCACCAUCGUAUCAUCAAUCCACAAACCGCCAUGGAAAUGCCAUCAUUUUAUAUCUCGUCUUAAAGCCGAGCCCUUCGAAAGGUGGGCUGUUGCGGGUUGGAGGGGGGGUCCGUUUGAGACCGUUUGCCUACAAAAUCAUUGGAAAUUCUGCUAGAUUACGAUGGGGCAUACAUACGCACCGCAACGCGGUUAAGAUGUAAUGUGUAGCUGAUAGAUGUAUGUCUUCGUUACAAGCAUACGCAGCGCAAUUACGCAAUCCUUUCGCUCCCCUACGUUUAGCCCAUUUGGUCGGAGAAUUUGUCGUUACAUCCGUUCGGGCCGAAUCGGGCGCAGUGUGCUAUAGCGCUUACCCCACAAUGCGUCUCGCAAAAUUACGCAGCGGAAGAAAAUCUAUGCUACCGACAAACGCCAUUUGCUAUUAUAGCUGCGCAAUCUGCGAACGAUGGUGGAAAACGGACACCGGUGACCCCCGAUGCGGUUGAACGGUGUCCCUGUGGUUUUUUUUAGUGUUUUUGGCGAUGGGUGAUGUUUCCAAACACCCCACAUUUCGUUGUUUUUUCCCGUUUUUACGAAUAAAUUGAUAUUCAGUAUGGCAGCCCGAAAAGAAAAACAAAGACACCUCUCACAUAUAGGACAGGGACAUGCAAAAAUCUCACACACGCACACACACACUUGUGCACAUACGUGCAUAAGAGAUACACACACGAAAUGAACACACACACACACACGAUGCAAAUGAUUAAAAUCAAUUCGUUGUUAGUUACUGAUGAAGCAAAUGAGAAGAUGGUAAAAUAAAGUAAAUAAUACGCUCGGAACACAUAAUUUAAAAACAAAGAAAAAAAAACCAUAGUACUAGAAUAAAGAAGAAAAAGAAAACAAAAACACAAGGAAAGAAUAAAAACUCGAAGCGUGUGUUUGUGGAUGUGUGUGUGUGGGUGGAAAAUGAAAAAUUUAAAAAAGGGAGGGCGGGCUAUCCCAUGGAAGCUUUGUUUAAGCUACCCAUUACGACCGUAUGGUAGUGCAAACUAAAGCCGAAUAUCCUGCUCUCUCUCUCUCUCUCUCUCUGUGUGACAGUGGAGUAGAGCACGUGCAAUUCUAAUAAUUCGCAGACACAUGCGGCGACGAUGCUGUAAACUAUAUUAUUAACAGUGCAGAAGAAAAUACCCACCCGCGGAACAAAACGAGCAAAACACAGAUACACCCACACACACACACACAAACACGUACAGCUAAUAUGGAAAAGUGGUAGGUUGCGCGAAACAGUCACACCGAGAGAUCGUUGCAAAUAUUAAGUCUUUAAAAAGAGAAAAAUACAUGAAUCACAGAACAAACAAAAAGAAACAAUACAAAACACACACAAUAAAAUGAAAUAGUAAGAAUGUGGUGUAAAAGAAAGAGAAAAAACAAACAAAUUUAACAAUCCGAGCAAAAAGGGCAGAAAAGCGCAGAAAGCUACAAAUAGAAAAGCAAAACAAGAAACAACAUUUGUUAUGUUCAUAAGACAGAAAAAGGAAUAAAACACACAUACACACACACACACACAGUGCAGUGUGCAGAAAGCUAACGAGAGAUAACGUUAAAAGUAGAGGAUUAAAUAAACAACAAAAAAACGCGGAUCUGUUGUUGUUUCAUUCUUGUUUCCUCUCUUGUUUUUCUCUGUGGGAGUUUUUAAACGUGCCAUUGUGCUGUUUGUUAUAAAGUUGUUUUAUUUUUCCUUUUUUGUUUUUUUGUGCAAUUGUUUUAUUGCGAAAGGAUGGGUGGCGUUGUUGUUGUGGAUGUUUGCUGUUUACUAUAUGCAAACGUUUAUGAGUUUUCUUUUUUCUUCUGUUGUUAUCCUGUUCACCGUGCUUCACUCUCUGCUCUCUCUUCGCUUUCGUUCCAAACUGUUAACUGGCGCGAAAUUCGAUACCGCUAAUGAAGCAGCACACAAAACAAUGCUCACAAUGGCAACACGUGCGCGUGUGCAUGUGUGUGUGUGUGGAUCCGAUGAGGCGAACGGAUGUAUCGCGUGUUGUAUUGUUGUGUAGUAACGCUCGUUUAGAAGGCAAAAGUUAGUAACAAACCUGUACGCUUUUUUGUUGCUGACCACUUUCGUUCGAACUUUCUGCUCGCUUAUAAAGCAGAGAGUAAGUAUAAUAGUGUAGUAGGAAGUAUACAGCCGCAACAGCAGCAGCAGCAACAACAAAAGCAAAAGAAAACAAACAAAAAUGAAUAAAGUAAAAAAAAAACAAACGUAAAUCAGCCUAAGUCUUGUUAGUGUUUGAAUUGUAAAGCAGUUUUAGGGAGCUAUAGUAGAGCAGACAGACAAACAAGGAAAGCAAACAGAGGAACGAUCGAUCGAACGAAAAAACGACCCAGCAAAACAUAAAAUCAAAUAAAGCAAAGGAUAAUUAAUGGUGAAAAGAAGGGGGAGGGGGGCGGGGUUGGAGCAGUAGUGAGCAGGGGGAGGAACUAAAAAACGUUAAAUAUAUCGCAGGACUAUGAUAGGGUGCGACGCGAGGACAUGUAGAAGAAAAGAUCAGAUUUAAAUACAAACACAAAAACACACACACACAGACAGAAACAUACAAGCAACGCGUCACAUAAAACUGCCCGAUUGUUGUAAAUGAAAAAUAAAUAAUUAUAUAAUAAAGAUUAAUAAUGCGAUACAACAAAAACCGGCGCCGAGAGAGAUACAUUGGGAAGGCGUGUACUAGCGUAAAGAAAAUGUGAAAAAUAAAAGAAGACAGCAAAACCAUCAGUUACACACACACUCUAUGGAAAACAUGUGCGUGUUUCCGUCUCUCGAUCGGGGCCGAGACACGGAACGAUUUAAAUGGUUUGGGACUAAAACAAAAAGCAAACAGUACCAAACGUAAAGCCCACGCCCAGAUAAAUAAAAAAAGUAAUUAAGUAUAAUAAAUAAUAAAGAAGAAGAAAUACACUCACACACACAGACAUUCACCUAACACACGCGCGCGUGGAAUCGCUCUCCUGCUUAGUCUCUUAAUCAGGUGUCCUAAUCAGGAGCCCGGGUAGUUUGAAGAACCGGCGAAGCGGCGGCUAUGUCGUUAAGCAAUUAAUUAUGUAAACAAAAAAAAAGAGGGUGGAAGAAGAAGAAUAAAAACACAUUUUGAUGAUGAGGAAGACGAUGAUGAUGAGUCUAUUUCGUUACUGCAAACUAGCAAAACGCCUCCUUACGCCGACUAGUUUGCUGAAUACUAAAUAAAAGCAAGCAGAAAUACAAUUAAUAAAGAAGAAAAGCAAACCAUAAGCAUACACAGGCACAGAGAUCCCCACUACACUGAAACACAAAAAUGACACACUUACUUACCUAUUGCCAUCACACAGCCACACACGCACCAAACCUUGCCGGGUGCUGCAUCUGCGGUGUCCGGGUAAGGGAUGGUUUAUUCGUUCGUUGCACCCAGACAUAGGCUUAGUAAACGAGAAAAAGGGAGUAGAUUUGCCACCGUCGCUGCCAUCGCUGCCAUCGCCACCGCUGCCGUAAUUCACUAGCCUCCCUACCACAAAGCCAUACUCACACACCGACACAGAUUUCAGCAUGGUCGAUCGAAGAAUAAACCACACAAAAACGCACAGAACAACCAUUAGUAAAAGAAAGCCAGCAGCAGCAGCAGCAACAACAACAAGUAAAACACACACUAAAAUGUAACAAAAACGAACAAAGAAAAACAAAACAUGAUAAAAACCAAACUAUGAUUAGCUAAAUUUGCAGCAAAGCUCUUGUACGAAAGUAAGUAACACACGUUUAAAAUCAGAAAAUAAGCUCGUUAAAAACAACCAAGCAAAAAGAACGGAAGAGAAAAAAAAAA